AUGGUUAUAAAAGUAGGCAUAAAUGGUUUUGGCAGAAUUGGCAGAAUUAUGUUUAGAACUUGUAUAUUGAAUCCCGAUGUUGAGGUUGCCGCUGUUAAUGAUCCAGCAGUUGACGUAGAAUACAUCUGUUAUUUAAUAAAAUUUGAUUCAAUACAUGGAAAAUUUGAAGGUGAUGUCGCGCCAUGCAAGGGCGAUAUUCAAAUUAAUGGUAAUUUAGUUAAAAUAUUUCGAGCAAAGCAACCAUGCGAUGUGCCAUGGAACACCGCCGGUGUGCAGUAUGUCAUCGAAUCUUCGGGAAUGUUCACCAAUCUGGAAAAAGCUGCGGGCCAUUUGUCGGUAGAGGGUGUGAAGCGUGUGGUGGUGACUGCACCAAGCAGCGACGUGCCAAUGAUCAUCCUGGGUGUCAACGAUGAUAAACUCAGAGCUGAUCAGAGAGUGAUAUCUUGCGCCUCAAGCACCUUGUACUGUUUGGCUCCGAUAAUGAAAGUUCUAGAAAACAACUAUGGCGUUUCAGAGGGAUUUGUUACUAGCAUACACGCAAUGACGCCCUCUCUCAAACCACUGGACGGAUUGUGUUUGAGAGGAAAGCACUGGCGUGACUUUAGAAGCAUCCAUCAGAACGUAAUCCCGGCUAUGACAGGUGCGUGUAAAGCCCUCGGGAAGAUACUGCCAGAACUUAAAGACAAGAUGAUUGGCCUCGCCUUCCGCGUACCCAUUGUUAAUGUAUCCGUAUUAGAUUUGACAAUAAGGUUAAGCAAAAAAACAACAUUAGAAAAUAUUGUUAAAAACGUUGAAAACGCCAGCGAAACCUACUUACAAGAAGUAUUAAAUAUAUCUAAAGAGGAAGCCGUGUCAUCAGAUUUUAUAAGAGACAGUCAUUCCUGUAUAUUGGAUGUCAAUUCGAGUUUGCAACUUCGACCCGAUUUUUACAAACUUAUCUGUUGGUACGAAAACGAAUUUUCAUACGCGUGUCGUGUUAUGGAUUUGAUAACAUUUUGUGAGAGACGAUUUGAACAGAAACAAACUUUGGAAGGUAAAAUUGUUGACGGCGUGACAGAAAGUCCAAAAUUGACGGACACCGCCGCUGGUCUUAAGAGAUUUAAACCAGCAGCUGGUACUUGUCGACAGCAAAUUCCCAAUACAAUAAAGACUUUUUCCAAAAGUGUGUACAGUAGUUUACAAGAUUUGCAGCCGUGGGGAGCUGAUGUAUCUGUAGUACAUCAGGGAACAUUUACAGAUAGACAACCAAAGAAGGUAAACGAGUUAUUACAAGUACCCACCGUCGAUAACAUGGUUAAGAAUGUUUCAGUAUCGACAUCUAUUCAAAAUAUUGAACCGACAUCGAGUGCUAGUAAUAACAUUGAAGCUAAACCAAGUGUUAAUAAAAACGUUCAUAAAUCAACUAAACAUGAACGAAACGACUUCUUCGGUCAGAAUCAUUUGGAGAGUGUGAGAAAAGAAUUAAAUAAAAUGAUGAACGUCACUCAAGGAUUACUUGAGAAAUCUAAUAGAUUAUGCGAUCCGUUCAAGUUUAAGUUCGAGGAUCAGGAAUUAAAAAAAAACAAAGCGGAUAGAUGUAUAGCAUUCGUAGAAUCGAACGAAUCUAUCCAAUGUACGGGAUGUUUGACAAAGAGUCAAGGUACAUUUAUUAUUAACAAACAAUUAGAAACAGCGUGUUCGGGUCGAGGAGAUACGAAAAAUGAUAAUGCGAGAUUGAUGGCUGUGGAACAUUCAGCACUGACUGAAGAUGCACCUAAAUUACAUGAUGGUGACGAUAUAAGUAAGUUCCAUGUAAAAACUUUAUACGAUACUAAUUUCGAAGAGAUAUCAGAUAGUCGUCAUGCAGGUGAACUGGUACAAAAACGAGCAAUAACCAAACUUCAAAAGACAAGUACCAGCUUUCUAAGAGAAAAUCCUUACGUGUAUUCUUUUAACAAGAAACAUGAAUUUAGAAAUGACCAAUUAAAAAAACAAUUACAAAAAUCAAGUCCCGUCAGUAUAAAGAUGGAAGGGUUAAAUCUUGCUGGUAACGAAGCGCAUUGCUCCGAAAAUAUAUCUAGAUAUAUUAUUGUACAAGAAACUGAAAACACUAAAAAUGAUGGUAAAUUCUUGGGACAGCGACUUGUGGGCAAACAGAACAUUCUAGUUCAGAAACAAGUGAUUUGUGAAAAUGUAGCUCUGCGUUCGAACGAUAAUAAUAAUGUCUUUGUAAAAAAAGAUUCAAAUAAAACUAAACAAGAUAUAUUUGAUAAACUAGACAGUACUAGUGCAACUAAUUCUGAAAAUUCAUUUCACGUUAAAGAGAAACAAUCUCAAGUUAUUUGUAUCAACGAUUUAACGAACUCGUUGGAGGAUUUGUCCCGCUUAGAAAAGAUAUGCAAGAUUAUAGAAAUUUCCGAUGAUCUGUCAGACGAGUUGUUCUCAAAAUUGAAACCGACAGAAGCGACUUGUAUGAAAAAUAAAAAAUGGUCCUUCAAAGAUCUUUGCGCUAAAAUUAAAUUGGACGAUUUUUGUGAUAAAGUUUUUCGUGAGUGA